AACAUAUGAUACUCUAAGCUUCUUGCAUCGGCUGAAAAAAUGGUUCAACAUUACAAAUUGUCCUCCAUCUUAUUGGUCGCAUUUAUCUACUUUAUACAUGACCAAAUGAUUACUACUACAACAGCACGUCACAUUCUACAAACUCCUAGUUUCUCAACGCCCACAACCCCCAGUUUCUCAAAUUCCCCCGGUCUUCCAAAGCCUGCUAGCCCAAGUUUCUCCAAUUCACUCAGUCUUUCGAAGCCCGAGAUUCCUAGUUUCUCUAAGCCCGAAACUCCUAGUAUCUCAAAGCCAGAAACUCCUAGUUUCUCAAAACCCAAAACUCCAAGUUUCUCAAAACCCGAAACUCCUAGUUUCUCAAAACCCGAAACUCCUAGUUUCUCAAAACCCGAGACUCCUAGUUUCUCAAAACCACAGACCCUUAGUUUCUCAAAGUCCAAAGCUCCUAGUUUCUCAAAAUCCGAGACUCUUAGUUUCUUAAAACCUGAAACUCCUAGUUUCUCUAAGCCAGAAAAUCCUAGUUUCUCAAAGCCUGAGACAUCUGGUUUCUCAAAGCCCGAGACACCUAGUUUCUCCAAGCCCGAGACUCCUAGUUUCUCAAAACCCAAAAUCCCUAGUUUCUCAAAGUCCGAAACUCCUAGUUUCUCAAAGCCGGAAACUCCUAGUUUCUCAAAGCCUGAGAUUCCUACUUCACCAAAGCCCAAAAUUCCUACUUUCUCAAAGCCCGAUAUCCCAAGUUUUUCAAAGCCAAAGACCCCUAGUUUCUCUAAAUGUGAGACUCCUACUUUCUCAAAAUCUAAGACUCCUAGUUCUCCAAAGCCCGAGACUCCUGAUUCUCUAAAUCUCGAGGCCCCUAGUUUUUCAAAGUCUGAAAACCCUAGUUUAUCAAAACUCGAGAUUCCAACUUUCUCAAAUCCUGAGACUCCGAGUUCCCCAAAGUCUGAGACCCCAACUUUCCCAAUGUAUGAAAUCCUAAGUUCUCCAAAGUUCGAGACCUCAAAUUCUCCAAAGCCUGAGACCCCUAGCUACUCAAAGCCAAAAACCCCUAGUUUCUCAAAGCCAGAGAUACCAAGUUCCCCAAAAUCUGAGACUCCAAUAUCCCCAAAGUUCGAGAUCCCUACUUUUUCAAAGCCUAAAAACCCCAUUUCUCCAAAUCCCGAGAACCCAAGUUCCCCUAAGCAUGUAACCCCUAGCUUUUCAAAGCCUGAUACCCCAAGUUUCUCUAAGCCCGUGACUCCAAGUUUCUCAAAGCCUAAGACUCCAAGUUCCUCAAAGCCUGAGGCGCCAAGUUCUCCAACGCCCGAGACACCAAGUAUCACAAAACCCGAGACUCCUAAUUUCUCAAAGCUUGAGACUCCAAGUUCUCCAAAGCCCGAGACCCCUAUUUUUUCAAAACCCAAGAUCCCUAGUUCUCCAAAGCCUGAGAAUCCAAGUUCUCCAAAGCCCGAGACCCCUAGUUUCUCAAAGCCUGAGAUUCCUAGUUUCUCAAAGUCCGAGACCCCAAGUUCCCCAAAGCAUGAGACCCCAGGUUCCGCAAAGUCUGACACGCCAAGCUUCCCAAAGCCUAAGACGCCAAGCUCCACAAAGCCUGAGAUGCCAAGUUCCGCAAAGCCUGAGAUGCCUAGCUUAACAAAGCCCGAGAACCCAAGUUUCCCAGAGCUCGAGAACCCAAGUUUCGUAAAGCCCGAGACGCCAAGCUCCCCAAAGCCUCACACCCCAAGAUUCAAGACUCCAAAUUUUCCAAUACCCGAAACUCCUAGUUCCCAAAAGCCCGACACACCAAGUUCCCCAAAGUCUGAGACGCAAAGUUCGCCGAAUCUUGAGACACCAAGUUUUCCUAAAUUUGAGAUUCCUAGUUUCUCAAAGCCAGAGGUACCUAGUUUCUUUAAAUUCGAAUCCUCUAAUUCUUCAAAGCCUGUUAUUCCAGCAGCCCCAACAGAACCCUAGAACCUUAAAUACCAAGUGUGACAGAGCGUGAGCUACCAACUACCUCAAAACCUGAUAUCCCAACUUUUACAAAGCCUGAAUUACCAAUUGUUUCAAAUCUUGAGAUUCCUAGUGUGAUAAAGACGGAAAAUCCAAAACUUUCUAAACCAACAUUGUCAACUUCUCCAUGAGUAACUAUGGUGUUAUUCAUGUGUCAUGACUUAUGCUAGCUAACAAACGAACUAUAUCGCAUAUGAAUGAGUUGACAAUGGGUUAGAUGCAAAUGGAUAAAAUAUUCGACUAGACGGUAUUUUAUGUGAAUAAAAAUGGGUUGAAUGAUGGAUAAUAUUAUUAUAUCCACUUAUUAUCUACUCAUAAAUUGUACAAAAUUGAAAUUAACUAUCAAAUAAAGUGAA